AUGAUAAGCACCAGCAGAGCCUUGGCCGCGCGUCUCGUGGGUGCCACAAGCUCCCAGAGUCUGGCGGCCGCCCAUCACCAGGUCCUGGAGAAUGCUCAAGGUGCCAGAACGGUGCGUUCUGUUGCCUUUACAGCAGCUGGAGAACAACUUGCUGGCAUGCCAGGAAAACGACAGGCUGUCACCCACCCAAAAAUUUUCUAUGCUACUAAGCGUCUGAUUGGAUAUCGCUCUGAGCCCAAAGCACAGAAAGCAGCAGGUGCUGUGAUGAAUGACCCUAUAGCUGUUGCCCCGGCCCAUGGUAUGGACAAAUCUGAAGAUAAACUUAUUGCUGUGUAUGAUUUAGGUCAAUACUUUGAUUAUUCAAUCCUGGAAAUCAAGAAAGGAGUGAUUGCGGUGAAAUCCACUCAUAGGGACACUGCCUUAUGCGGUGAUGACUUUGACCAGACUUUGUUUUGGCACAUCCCGAAGUUCAUGCAGGAGACAGGGGUUCAUUUGAUCAAAAACUCCAUGACCCUUCAGAGGGUUCGGGAAGCCGCUGAGAAGGCUAAGUGUGAACUCUCCGAUACUGUACAGGCAGACAUCAACUUGCUAUUUCUUACAACGGAUGCUUCUGGACCCAAGCAUCUGAAUACGAUGCUAACUCGCACUGAGUUAGAACGCAUCGUCGCAGAUGUAAUCGUCAGAAGUAUUGCUCUACGCCAGAAAGCUCUGCAAGAUGCCAAAGUCAGCAAGCAUGACAUAAGAGAAGUGAUUCUAGUUGGUGGCAUGACGAGGAUGCCCAAGAUGGCAUCUGAACAGGAAGGUUCAGGAAGUUCUGGCACUGGGGAACAGAAGGAAGACCAGAAGGAGGAGAAACAGUAA